UUGGGUAUAUUUUAUCUGUUUAUGUUUUAAUUCUUGUUUAAUAAUUGUUUGUUUCCUUGUUUUUGACUUGAUAUGAAAAGGAGGAGGUAUGGAUUUCACAUUCAGGCAUAGCAUUUUAACAAGUCCCUCUGCAACAUUAUUUUUCUUAGUCCACUAGGUGUAGACAGUUGUGUCAUUCCAAACGUUUUAUCUUGUGACAUAUCUAUGAGAGCUUAAGUAAUAAUAACGGUGUUUGACAGACAAACAGGCUCUAGAAAUCAUCAUGUUUCUUCAUUUUGUGUUGUAAUAGGCUAAUUUAUUAUAUGUAACUUCCCCCCACUAUUUAUUGUUUUAGUGUUGAGAUGGAUGUGAAGGAAAUGGUUAUUGAAGUGAAUGGACUUCCAGACGACUACCCCAAUAAUAAAAUGAUUGACACAUUAACCAUGCACUUUGUGAGGCCCAGUAACAAUGGUGGAGAGGUUUUAAUAGUGAUAUAUCCCACCUCCAACAAAGGCCAGGCUUAUGUUGUUUUUGAAUCAGAAGUACCCCGAGUCUUUGACCAUAAUCAUGUUUUGGAACUGGAUAGUCAGUUUUACCCACUGGAUGUUAAAAAGAUACAUCAGCCUAAGUUUGACAUGCCAGCUGAAGCAUUCCUUGAUGUGAGCAUGUUCUACAAUCAGAAAACGAUCCGAAGUCUUCUUCAUAGCCACGGCUUUGAUGUCUCAAAGACCAGUUCAGGACAGCUGCAUUUGCAGGGAACCUUUCUUAACCUAAAACGCAUCCAUCCCAAACUCAUGCAUCUCCUGGCUCAAGAAACCCACUUGCAAAGAAGCACACCUUCGGAAUUGCUAAUUAAUGGCUUCUUGUCUGACUCUGUCUCCAGUGACUAUCAGUCUAGAUCUCAUUCCACAUCGAGAUACAUUCACAACAAUGGUAGAAACACAGAUUCUGGAAUAAACUCAAGAUCCCCAGAGUCCCCAAGCAGGCAGGCACUCGUGCAGGCUGCCUCUCCACUGGAUGUGAGUUCAAGCACAGAGUAUUCAUUCAGCAGUCCCAUCAGGAGCUAUGACUCCAGCGUAACCGCUCAGCAGCGGAAUCCCUCGUCUCACAGGAAAACUGAGGAUACCUUCCCUGUGGAUCCACUCGCAUUUAAAUAUGUUAUGCACUUUAAGAAAGAUUUUAUUGAAAAAAUAGAAUCUGAUCAUCAAACUCACAUUAGCCAUGUGGACGAUUCAGGAGUUGUUAUGGUUAAACUUUCAGGAGGAUCCUGUCAGGAUGCAGGUAAAGAAUUGCGCGUAUUCAUGCAGAGCAUCAGCUCAUCUUUACGCACACAAGAAAUAGACCUGCAUGAACUUAACAGCAGUCGAAGGACACACAUUACUGAGAAUGCUCACUCAUUCCAAAAGAUCUACAAUGUUUUAAUUAAGGAGGAAAAUGACAUUCUCAAAGUGGUGGGUUCCUCUAAAGAGAGUUAUGAUGCGAAGGAAAGGCUUCUUGGACGGGAGGUUAACAUUGUUUUGCCAAGACACUUCGCAGGGAACUCUAUGCGACGCAGCAGCUCUUUGCCAAGACAAAAAACAAGGCAUAGAGAGGAGAACCAAGACUUGGGAGGAAUUCCUGAUGCUGUGUACACUACUACUGUUAGUAGAUCCUCUGCCUCACAGUCUUGGACUGACUCUCAGUUACAAGCAGAAGUGCAAAAGGAAAGAGAUCGCGAGUCCUCUAAAUCCUCUGCACACCGUGGCAGGUCACACAGUGCCUCUCGGUUACAACACAAAAAUGAAAGCAGAGUAAACCAAGAACCAUCAGCGUACGAUAAGCAGGAUUUGACACCCCCUCAUGAAGUUCAAAUAUCUAAAAAAGGGUUCAUUCCUAAAAUAAUGGCUGGCCUUACUCCUAAAAUAAAUAUCAAUUUCAAAAACAAAAGUGAAAAAAAAUGGUUAAAACAACAUUAAAAGAUGAAUUCCUCAUAUAAGCACACUUUGAGACUUUUUAGAAUGUUGAUAGUCAGACACAGUGGAAUGCUGCUCUAUGCUGAUAGUUCAGUUUGCUUAGAAACAUAUAUAUUCA